UUGAAAUAAAACGAUUUAAUUGUAUAGAGUCAAUUAAAUGUAACGUUAGUAUUGGCUGUGCUCAGAUCAGCGAGAGUAGACUUUGAGCUCAGGCAGAAACAAUCGAACAUCGAGCAGCUUGCUAACAAGAAGAUGGCAUCCACGGACCAGGCUGAUCCACCAGCACAGGCUGUUCCUCCUGGUAAUGAUGCAGCGGAUUCCCCCAGAGAAGCACUGGUUUCGACAGCUAUUAAAUUUCUUCAAAAUCCAAAGGUACGUCAGAGUCCCUUGGCCACCAGAAAAGCUUUCCUAAAGAAAAAAGGCUUGACUGAUGAGGAGGUUGAGUUGGCCAUUCAGCGUUCAGACAGGAGAGAAGAUGGCGUACCUUUGAGAUCUGUGAACCCUCCACAUCCUCUUGACUCUCCUCAUUUAGUUGCUGUUCGAGACAGUCCAAAAGGCUACAGAUGGAGAAGCUAUGGUACCUUCGCCAUCAUGAUGGUGGGCAUAGCCUACAGUUUUCAUCAUCUUUACAAGAAAUACAUCCUUCCCCUCAUUAUGGACAGCCGCGAGGACAAGAAGCAUCUGCAGAAGAUAGAGAGCAACAUUGGAGCGAUGAGUGGCACGGUGACACAGACAGUUGGACAGCUACAGCAGACGCUGACUUCCCUCCAGGAGCUCCUGGUCCAUCAGCAGCAGAAAAUCCAGGAGCUCUCCCAGGAACUGACUGCAGCCGAGGCGGCAUCUGCAACCACUCGCAUCCUGGACAACCAAAUAGUUGGAGAGCUGAAAGCUGAGAUAGUCUCUUUGAAGGGUUUACUGCUUAGCAGGAGACAAUUUCCUUCCACUCCCUCAAUUUCUAAGAUCCCCUCAUGGCAGAUUCCCUUGAAAGGGCCCUCAGCAUCCGGCUCCCAAUCAGUCAACCACAGCAGCAGCGACAUCUCUCCUGUCAGUAACGAGUCAGACAGCUCCUCCCCUGUCAAAGAUGGACACCUCAGCUCACAGGAUGCGCUGGGUGGGGCACUCGGUAUCAACGGUGAUGUCGUAGGCCCUGACACAGCACUGGCUUUGGACUUGAAAGACCAAGUUCGCAUUGACUUGCAGGGAGAAGACGAUGAUAGCCCGAAAAAGCAAGAGGCGUGCGGUCUAAGCAUUCAGGCGGACUAGCGUCAAUAUGGAGCCGGACAGAUCCACAAACGGGCGGCCAGAGGGUGCCACUCAUGAAAGAGAGGUGGAUUAGACUUCCGUAAAACUCUCCAAGCAGAUCUCUUCUGAUCUGUGACGCCUCCACUUUGACUCAUUUUGCAUUGGUGUCUCUCUGUCAAUUAUUCACAAGGCCAUCGGGGCAGCAUAUGUGUAAACUAAAAGCCCUGAAAUUCAAGAUUAGUAUGUGAUGAGUGACUUUGUUCAAUGCCCGCGUCAGGAUGUUCACAGGAGAGUGGAAGACAAAUGCUUUUUCCACUGCUUUGCUCUUUCAUUGAGGGCUGAAUUGUGAAUCAAUGCCAAUGUUUGCUUGUGCGUGGCGGGUGUGGAGGGAGACAAUUGGGGGGCGGGAGAGACUGGCAUAUGUGCUCUAUCUGCAACUCCAGCAGAGCAGCUGAUUUGGUUUGUGAAGUAUGUUAAUAAUCAAAUGAUCAACAAAUAACAGAUGUAUUAGUUCAUGCAGCUUGAAAUGUCAACCACACUAAAAACGCAAGUCUAAUACAGAAAGCCUCGAUGAAUUGUCAUUUUCUGUAACAAGCCCCUUGGUCUAAAUUAGGCGGGCCCUCCCAUGGUGACUAAUGUUUACUGAAAACUGAGCCCAUAUAUAUAUAUAUUUUUUUUUAUAUAUAUUUUAUUAUGAUGCAUUAAGACACCAAAACCUGUCACAGAUGGAAGUUGCAGAAUUUGUGUCACUUGUUUUCUCAGUGUGGAGGUGAAUGUGGAAAGCUUACAAAUGUCCCUUGAUUGAAAAAGAAAGUCAUAAAUGAUUACUUGAUUCAUUGAAUUAGUCACUCUGCAGCUCAAGAUGACUUCAUGAGUAAGAAGACAGGCAAAAUCUCGCCUCCUGUCCCACAUUCAUCUCUCAUCGCACAGCCUUAGUAUCGACGCACCAAGGUGGAAGGAGGCUGCACAAGUCUGAUAGCAGUUCUGAACAAGCAAUUGCUGUGCAAUGUUUGAAUCAUCUGUCUCAUUAGCAAAGGCUUAUUAGAACUGAAAAUUUCACCCUCAUGUAAAUUAUAACUUUUUUUUGUGUCUGUGGGGUAUCUAAUUAUAAUAAAGAUGUUUUUCAUUGAUA